CUAACUUAGAACUAAUUAGUAUUAUUCUUCCCUAACACAUUCAUUCUUCUUCUUGCUUGAUUAUUAGAGCUGCGGUUGAUAGGGAGAACUGCGGUCCGUUCAUUCUUGGCUUAGCCUUUUGUGUCUUGCGUCCAUCUCAGGAGAGAUUUGUUACCUCUGUUUCUGUCCGCUUCAUCUCGUCUUGUUUAGUUCAGUAUGUUUGCGGCCUCUGUUCCUGUGUCGACCAGGUGAUAUAUAUUGCAUGACUCUCGAAUAUAGCUUUCUGCAUCCCUGAUGGAGGCUUUUCCGACAAAAGUACGCUAUCGUUCUAGAAUAUGUCCUUCUAUACCGAUCCGAUGAGCUUUGAGGACGAGCUCACCGAUCCGAAUUCCGAUGGCACAUCUCGCAGACAACCUCGAAACAAUGCGGCCACCGGAGCAUCUGCUGCAGGAGUGCGCGCUCUCAGUGCACAGAUGAUCGCCUUCUACUUUCGAGCUCCCAUAAAAGCCUUCUUCCGUACCCGGGUUGAUUACAUGGCUUUUGCAAGAGCAAUAAACCCGCGAGUCGCUGAAGGAGGAUGGUCCUGGCAUACGACCACACCUGGUUUACUUGCACAUGCUGUUCGUACAUACGGAUGGCGUUUCAUACCUGAUCAGGUUUUGCCUCCGCUCCUGGCAAAUGCAGGAGUCGGUGCUGUCCUUUAUACGUCUUACCUGCAAGUCCUCGCUGCGCUCCAUCGGCCCACUGCGGAGGGAACCAAAAGAUCAUACCCACCUGCUCAUCCGUUGGAAACAUUCACUGCGGGUUUCGCGGCUGGAACCAUACAGUCUGUUGUGGCUGCCCCGUUGGAUGCUCUUCAGGUUCGUCUUCGGACGAGUGAUAUGAUAGAGGGCCAGUAUAAGAGCAUGUGGCACUACGGGAAACACAAGCUUCAGGAGAUCGGUCUCCGUGGUGUCUUUGCUGGGUGGACGCUGACCUUCCUCCGGGACUCCUUUGGAUACGCUGUCUUCUUUUCCACUUUCGAGUACGUCAAGGCACAGGCGUACUAUUCGUUCAUCACCCGCUUCUAUGGAUCUCUGCAACCCUCUCGAGUGCAGACCAUGUCGUCGCCGGCUACGAGUGAUCGAGGAGUGCCCGUCAUCAAACCACAUUACGCCAUCGAACCCUGUUUUUUGAUGCUUGCUGGGCUCAUGGCAUCGGUCGCGCAGCAGGGGGUUCAGCACCCGCUGAGCGUGAUUCAGAAUCUACAUUUUGGACGGCUGGAGUAUCUCGACCAGCAGGCUAGACUUGAUCAUUCAAGACAGCAGAUGAUGCGGCAUUAUUUCCACGCAUAUCAGGAGACGUUUGCCCGAUGCCAGAAGAGAGCCGCCCGCGCAGGAGGCUGGCGGCGAUGGCUGUUCCGUGGGUUCGUGGGCAGUUCCAUCCGUCAGGUGCCCAGUACUAGCGCAGGCCUGGUGAUAUUUGAGCUGGUGCGCCGGAAGUAUGCAUCUUCAGCGGAUGUUGUUCAUAUACAGAAGGAUGGAUAUGAUAUUCUUCUAAACUGAUAGCGACGCCCCAGCAGCAUUCUACGUCCGUUAUUGUGUAAUUACCAUAUAGACAUACAUAGAGAUAUACGAGAUGUAAAUAGUCAUUCGAAGAACCAUGUGGUGAAACAAGACGUAA